CCCGGAAAUGCACCGUAGGAGCGGAAGCGCCCGCCAACAGUUGCCGGCAGCAGUUCCGCGAUGGUGGGUGGCGGCGGGAUGGGGGGCGGCCUCCUCGAGAACGCUAACCCCCUCAUCUACGAGCGCUCUGGGGAGCGGCCAGUGACCGCGGGCGAGGAGGACGAGCAGGUUCCAGACAGCAUCGACGCGCGCGAGAUCUUCGAUCUGAUUCGCUCCAUCAAUGACCCGGAGCAUCCACUGACGCUAGAAGAAUUGAACGUAGUAGAGCAAGUCCGGGUUCAGGUGAGCGACCCCGAGAGCACAGUGGCCGUGGCCUUCACACCCACCAUUCCGCACUGCAGUAUGGCCACACUUAUUGGCCUGUCCAUCAAAGUCAAGCUUCUGCGAUCCCUUCCCCAGCGUUUCAAGCUGGACGUGCACAUUACACCAGGGACCCAUGCCUCGGAGCACGCAGUGAACAAGCAGCUUGCGGAUAAAGAGCGGGUGGCAGCCGCCCUAGAGAACACCCACCUGCUGGAGGUUGUGAACCAGUGCCUAUCAGCCCGCUCCUGAGCCUGAAUUUUUGCUCCCAGCCCCACGCAGGGCUCAUGGCCUUGUUUUCUUGAACCACUGACAAUAAGAAACUAACAUUUUGCAUUUUGUAAUAAACCUUAAUUUAUAUUCA